CGUUCCACGACAUCAGAUCUGCGAAUAGGCCAGGAACUUCUCUCUUGUAGUCUGACCAUCGACUCCGUGACGACGUGAGUGAUACGACUCUUCUCUCGUCCACACAUCGCACAUAUGAAGUUCUCGUUGCAUCAGAUCUUUCUCAUCUGAGCCCAUCUGUGGCAACGAGCGUGAGAUUUGUUUUCCAAGAUUUACUCGCAAUUGACUGAUUACUGUCCCUUCUGAGAUGUUCCAGAUUUAAUUCAGAGAUCAUAUUCAUAUGUAUCAUUCAGGGCUUGUUCUCUGCAAUGGAACUCGAUAGAGAAGUGGAUCGACCUCAAGAUCUAUUGGAACCCCUACCUGUUGAAUUACUGAUAAAGGUUCUCAGAGAUCAGGAUCUGCCAGUUUUUACUCUUGCGGAAUGUCGUUCAGUUUGUAAGAAAUGGAAGGAAAUCAUAGAUAGUCCGGAGUUACGGAACAAAAUCUGGAAUAAAUCUGUUAUUUUGUAUGAUGCAUGCAUUGACAAUACGGCCUACUUCUGCUUUCAUGACCGAUGGAUCACAAGAAAUAUUACAUUUGGGCCCAAGCAGGUGGUCGCUGCUGAUGGAGGCCUACUGUGUUUCAAUGAACUGUUCUCAACCGAAUAUGUAAUGUAUAACCCAGUUGAGGACAAAUUCCUGACUUUGAACGUACCUCAUGAUAUCGAUGGAGUAUCUGCAGUCUUGGAUGAUAAGCUUGAGUGCAUCAUGGUGGGUUUAGUCGUGGACCAAUCUACAAAACACUUCAAGCUGAUUUUGGGAGGAGUUGUAGUCACAGAUAGACGCAGAUCUUUGAUUUACGAUUCGACUACCAGAACAUGGUCGUGGAUUAGUCAUCCGUUUCCUACAUUGCUAAACUGGAUGGAAGUAGAGUGGCACAGUGGGAGAUGUGUAGUAUGUAAUGGGUGUUUGUAUUGGCUCGUAUGGGAUCCCACGGUCAUGAUUAAGGCUCUCUUGAUAUUUGAUCUGAGAGAAGAAACCUGGAAUGUGUUGGCAGAGGAAGUAAUGGAGGACAAGCCAGGUGCCCUUCAGAUUCUUGCGUAUGAAGGAUAUGUGUGUUUACUCGCUAUGGAUAGGACUGAUGUGGAAUUUGAUCGUAGGAGCUAUGAUGGAAACUUCCUCCGCCAUCCAAUGGUCCGGAGAAUGGAUGGAUCUCUGAUAAGGAGAACAAGAGAUCUAUGGGUUAUGGGGGAUGCCAGAGCUUUCAAAAUUUAUGCUUCGAGCGGCAGCGAUGUGUUCUUCGUCUACGAGGAAGUAACUGUAGACGUUGAGGUGGCGAAAUACUGGGCUGAAAGAGACAUGAUGUUUUUUUUACCCGAACCUCCUUUUCGCGGAGCCCCUGAAUUUCGUUUAUUUGGAUUUCUGCCACAUGUUAUCCAUGACCCUUGGUGUGUUAUAAUUCCGGCGCCCGGAGUAAAUGCAGAGCAGGAGUGGAUAACACAGCAGCAGAGACAUCUGUUGUAGGAGGUGGGGGAUUCUCCCGGGGAAGAUGACGUAGUGUAAGUCCGAAGAGAAGUUAUAGGAGUUUCAGGGCAGAUUAUUUCAUGAAUUAUAGGUCGUUUUAACUGCAUGGAUUUUAACAACUAGAUGUGUGCAAGCGUGAUAUUGUCGAAGUAGUUUAGUAGGGUGGAAAAAAAAAUCAGAUCCCCCUUCCGAACAGCCAAACACGUUUUUUCUAUACUUUGGUGCCUAACCAU